CAAGCUGCAGUUCCAGCGCACGAGAGAAACCUAAAACCGGCAAAUAGGGACGCACGAGUGCUGGGCUGAUGGCACUCAGCGAGGGGGAAACGGUGUCAGGAAGCGGCAAGAGGGGAGGAGAGGAGGAGAGGAUGACGCUGUAGUGGAAGGUGGGCGUGUUCUUGUUUUGAUCUAGCGCUGGGAAGCCCGGUGUCACCUGCUUCAGCGCAGACCGGCUGGGAAUGUCUUACCUGGAAAACCGCACGACUCUAGCCGGCUGUCUCUCUGGAUGAGGACCUGCGAUGUGGCACACUGUGGGGGAUUCUGUGCAUUCGGACAUCCAGAAAAAGGCGGGAGUUGAUUCUUAAAGAUCAUUUGAAAGACUGUCCGUGCAAGUGGUGUCUGAGUUGUGACAUGUUUGCUUGCGGUCUGCGGCUCCACCGCAUCAUCCUUCUCUCUCUAACAUGUGCUGAGAAAUCUGCCACCUGGAUAGGAGUUUGACGCCGUUUUCUGCCCGGGAGGGAGGGAGCGUUGGGCCGGGCACCCGAUGGCCCGGAUUCCCUCGACAACGACUCGGCAACACCUGGUCCCGGGUACUCCUUCGAGCAAUGCAAUUGGACCGUACAAUGGAUGGACGUCUCUGUGGAUUUAACAGUGCACUGGAUCUCCAGCAAAGGUCAGAGUUCUGGACCCGUCAGAGGAAGAUAGAAGCUAUAUUGGUCCCUUUGGGAGCACUUGAAGAAUGAUGAGCUCCAAGGAAGAGGAAACUCUCCGCUUUUUCCAGUAUGUGGAGGAGAAUGGGCUGAGAGCCUACAACGGCCUCGUGGCUCAGAACCUGGACCACGCCAGGAAUGAGAAAAAUAGGAUAUUCCUGCAGGAGAAAAACGACAAGAAGAGAAAACAAGAGGAAGCCAUAAGAAGGACCGGGGAGGACAUAGCAACAGAAGGCAAGCACUUACGUAUGGGCUCCAUCGCCAUGCCGGACCCCCAGGAACGUAUGCCCAUGCACCAUCCGCACGCUUUGGCUUGCGGGCAGGGCUUCUCCGUGCGCUCCCAGUCCCUUCACUCUGUCGGCGGCGGCAACGGCGGGGGUGGAGAGGAGGAGGUGGGGAGUCCCACGUCGAGGAAGCAGCCCCCUCCUAAGCCCAGGAGGGAUCCGGCCACCAAGCUCAGUAUGUCGUCUGAGGCAGUGGACCACAGUCCUGGGUCCACCUGUCGUGGGGACAGAUGUGACGCACAAGAAUGCAGCGAGGACUGCAGGAGGGUUCCACCACCCAAACCCAAGAGGAACCCCAACACACAACUCAGCGUCUCCUUCGACGAAUCCUACAUGAAAACCCACGGCUGCCCGGCCAGACUGCUUCAACACGUGGGCCCGGCGUACGAGCGCAACAGCUCUCCGCCGCAGAGCGACGAGAGCCCCACGGACGACUGUGAGGACGAGCCGGUCUACAUCGAGAUGGGCGGCAUCAAUGUCGGGGCCAGGGAACUCUGCAAGAGCGAGGACGAGGAGCCCGGGGAAUCGGUGUAUGAGGAGAUGAAGUACCCCAUGCUGGAUGAUAUGGAGUACCGUACCGACCCGGUGGGAUGUCGUUCUGCGUGCCCUACGCCGGCCCCGUAUGACCCGGAACCUCUCAGUCGAUGCUCCACCCCUAGAAACAUUCCCUUCUGUGACAUUCCUGCACCCUUUCCAAAUUUACUUACCCACAGGCCUCCGUUGUUGGUGUUCCCCCCGGCACCGGCCCAGUGCUCACCCAACUCGGACGAGUCCCCCCUAACCCCUCUAGAUGUUACCAAAUUGCCAAUGAUGGACAACCCAUCGUCUUACAGCAAAUCCCCAACGUCCUCGGCCGAGCCCCCCUCCUCUGCACACCUGCGCAGGGAGCUCACCGCCACUCCGACCCUCACCAUCUCCGGGCGCUCCUCCGCACCUCCGCUGCCAUGCACGCUCUACAAAACAUCAUCCUCGUCCUCCUAUCAGCGCAGCCACUCGGCGUGCCCGUCUCCAGUCAGCAUGGGCCGCUGUCUCACGCCGCUGAGCCUCAUGCGCACGCCACCGUUUGACGCCACGGCGCCAUUCCCGGGGGGGCUGCCGAGGAGCGCCUCGGCCACCCCUCACGGCAAAGGGUCACCGCCGCAUGACGGCGCGGGUAAACUCCACGGCUCCAUGCAGAACGUGUCCACGGGACGUUCACGGACGCCAACCAGCCCGCUGGACGAGCUGACCAACCUGUUCACCACCGGGAGGAACAUGCUGAAGAAGAACGCCAGUGGGAGAAAAUCCAAAGAGCCUGGAGAGACCGAGGUCAAAAGUAAGUCACACAGUGAGUCCAAGCGUGAAGGCAAGGAGCGCCACAGUCACAGCCACAGCAAGGAAUCCAAGCGAGAGUCCAAAGAGCGCCACAGCAAAGAGUCGUCUCAUCGCAGAGACAGAGACAGAGACAAAGACAGAGACAAAGACAGAAACAAAGACAAAGACAGAGACAAAGAUAGAGACAAAGACAAAGACAGAGACAAAGAUAGAGACAAAGACAGAGACAAAGACAGAAACAAAGACAGAGACAGAUCCAGCAAUGUGGAAUCACUGUCUCACAGGCGUAACAGCAAAGACCGCAGUGCCAUAGACACACCACCUGUCCGCAAGGACAGCAGGGACCAAGGCUACAGCAGCGUUGAGCCCAUUCCUACGAGAAGGGACUCCAAAGAGCGGAGCUGCAGCUCUGUGGAACCCAUCCCGUUAAUACGAAGAGACUCAAAAGAAAGAGGGAUCAGUAAUGGAGACCUGCUGCCGAGACGAGACAGCAAGGACCGGGGUGGCGGACACGGAAUGGAGUGUUUGCUGAAACAGGACAGCAAAGACAGACUGCUAGAUCAGCCACCUGAACUGUUUCCAAGACAGGACAGCAAAGAGGGCGCUAGGAAUGGUGUAGACUGCAGACAUGAAAGCAGAGAGAGACUGAUGGAUCAGCCGCCAGAGCUCUUACCUCGACAGGAUAGCAAAGAGAGAGUCAGGAACGGGAUGGACUCGAAGCAUGAAAGCAGAGACAAGCCCACUGAGCUUCUCCCCAGACAGGAGGGCAAAGACAGGGCUAGAACUAGUGCAGAAUACAGACACGACAGCAAGGACUAUCGACCUGAUUUGUUACCUCGACAGGACAGCAAGGAGAGGGCAAGGAACGACAUGGAACACAGACAUGAGGGCAGAAUAGACCAGCCUCCUGAGAUCCUCCCCCGACAAGAAACAUCUAGGAACAGCAAAGAAAGGGUGGGAUACGGCUCAGAAUCAAAGCACGAGGGGAGAGAUCGAAACAUCCACAACGGAGGAGACCUCCCUCCGCCUCUUUUACCCCGGCAGGACAGUAAAGAUCUGAGCCGAACUGGCCUUGAAGUGAGACGAGACAGCAAAGACAGAAGUCUCAACGGCUCAGAUUAUCAGCACCAAUAUGACGGGAAAACCACCAAGAGCCCUACGACCAUGGAGUACAGGUACAGACCGGACGGAACGCCGCGACGGGAGAACAGAGCCAAUCACAACAUGGACCCACCAAAAGCACAUGAGAGAAACGGGAGCACAGUGUCGAGUCAGCAUUCAUCCACCACCACACCUACUCACAACAGCAGAUUGACCGGCAGCCCGCCAAUGACUGUGGGGAGCGGAAACGAUGUGAAAGCAACACCUAAAUACGCCCGCUCACCUUCCAUGCCCGCCAACCCUUCCCCGAUGGGGACGCCGCAAAGGAGAGCAGCAGAGACUCACCAGAGCCAGAUGCCCCAAAUGCCAUGGGUAUGUGGCGACAGUACCAUGCUGGAGCAGAUCGAGAGGAAACGUACGCUCUGCAAAGAAAUCCGCUCCAGACAACAUCCGCACCUGCAGAGAUAUCUGGAGAGGCCUCCUACAGACCGAAGCGAGGACAAGCAGCCCGAGCGGAGUCAAUGCAAGCAAGAGAGCGCCUCGGUCCUCCCCGCUUGUGGGAAAAGAAGCGGGGUGAAAAAGAUCCGUCCUCCCCCUUACCCGACACAGACAACCGUCUUCUGGGACACUGCUAUCUGACUGCAUCUGCCACGCACAAAUCCCAGAAUUAAGCCCCUCCUUCUCCCUGACGAUUAGAGCACCGCGAGGGGCUUGAUGCUCGCUUACCAUAGCAAUAUUUCUGCCUGUUCAGGUUGUCAUGUUUUCUUAUCAUCGCUGGUAUGAUAUUUGAUAUUUUUCUAUUUUCUUGUGGCUGGAUACUUGUAAUAUAACUAGUAGAGUAGAUAUUUGAUGAAUAGAUAUUUUCUAAAUCAGAUGAAAAAGUAUCCUAAAUGAUGUACAGUAGAUGUAGAUGCAAUCUAAUGUUUCUUUAGCUUAAUUUAUGUUUCUAUUGGUUCCUUUGAGCUGGACGCAUAAUCAAUGAAUACUGGUACUGUUGUAGCAUCAUUUUCUUAUGCCCAACUCUUUUGUUUUUUCGUGCGUGUGCUUACUGGCACUAAAAUGAAUGGACUCUUCACUUUUGUCUGCAUUUGUUUGACAUUUUCACUGUUGUAUUGAAAGUUUAGAGAGUGGGAUGGGUAUAGGCCAUUGAAGAAGAAAUUGAUAGUCAAGGCAAAAUGGAGUGCACUACCUGGCUGCAACCAGCAGAGGCACUGUCAAUAUCAUACAAUAGGUUGUAUUCAGUCACUUUAGAAAGGAAAUGAACGAAUUGGUGGGCCACCAACCAACAUGGCUGACACUGCAACCGUGUGCAAACUAUUUAAGAAUACAAGGGGCAUAGUUCUUACCACUAAAAAUCAAACUAUGCAGUAGAAUUGAUCCCUGUACGUUAUCAAUAAAAGAUGUGUCAAGUGCCCAGACACGUCCAACUAUCUGGUGCUCCAGAUGUCAUUUGACACAGCGAAACAGAUGAAAGAAGCCUACAACUUCUUCUGUGGUUAGGUCAAGAAAACUGGUAUCAAGACUCUCGCAUGAAUCGUGCAUUGUUGUUGCUUGGAUAACGUUGCAUUUCAUGAUUUAACUUUUCUUCUUGCGAGGCCGUGUCCUUGUAAACAAACUGCGAGUAGCACACCAUUAACUGGAUCCACUGUUUUUCAUUUUCCCAUUAUCUUAACCACUCAUAAAGGUAAUCGGAGAAACCAGUUUUUUGGGGAAUUUUGUCUAUCGUUCACAAUCAUUAUGAGAAACAAGAAGACAAGAGUUAUAAAAAAUUAAAAUCAGAGAGUUUUUCAAUUGUUUUAGAGGCUACAACGGUGACUCUCAUUAGCCGCAUCUUUCAAGCGUUUUUUAUCAUCUUUAAAAUCCUAAAAAAAAUUAAAAAAAAGAUUGUGACCAAUAGUCAAAAUUCCAAACAGGUGCAUUUCCCCUUUAAGACAUGGCGGGUUGUAAAUGAGACCGACAAGUAAUCAUAACUCACUGUAACUGCAUGGCCCGAUAAGUUUUGGCCAUGUUGUCUUGUUGUUGUUGCACGCCUCGUUACGAGUACCCAUGGUUUUCCCCGUCUUUAUCAAAAUAUAACUAAAGAUGUCAACAAAAAAUUUGUUCUAAGAACUCUGACACAAGAUAAAAUACAAAUAAUAUCAAGACAAUACUGAAACGGGAAACACUUAAUGUUAAAAGUACAUCAAGCAAACAUUCAAUCACUGCAAACUUGGACUUGCACUGGUGUGAUAUCUUCGAGAGCCACUUUUCUCCUCCUCGUUUCGUAAAAUCUUGACAUUUUUCGACCUUCUUGAUCAGCUCUUGAGGAGCUCUGAAGAAACGUAUCCUUUUCGCGAUUUCAACAGUUCCAACAACCUAAAACAACGCAUGCAUAGGGCAUUUUUCUUGGAGAAAGGCAAAAGGCUUUGACAAGAGACGCACACUGGCCCACCACUUCGAGACUCGCAUAUUCAAUGACGUCAGGUGAAUACAACCUAUUCAAUACAAGCACAAAUAGGGCUGCAGCUAGUAAUCGAAUAAAUCAGUUCGAUUAGAUAAAAGCUUCAGUUAAUAUUAUGUUGUUUGGACUAAAUGUUUACUGAGUGUAACUGUCAACAAUGUGCAAAAUUCGGAACUUUAAAUGCGCGGACAUAGUUUUUCCCCAAUGCAAUAGAGUGGAUUAAUUUAUAUUUGCCCAUAGUUGAUCAAUGCCAUUAAACCAACUGCCCAUCCCUGAUUGAGUUCUCUCCAGCAUGUUCUAGAAUGUACAACAGUCAGAGCUAGGACACAAGCAGGAAUCUGUGUGCGCUUUAGUUUGUGUAUUACGGUAACAUGUCACUUUGCCUUUUUCAAAGGAAAUCUGGAGUGUAGUGAUGGGGUGGGGGGGGCAGAGAAAGUGUAUGUUUCUGUUGUAUUUAAUGGCGCCAACGCAGGUGUGUCUGGUAGCAAAUUAGAAUAUUUACAUUGUUAACAGUAUAGUUUCCAAAACCAGCCAAAGCCUGUUGAAAACUGUGUGGUUGCACUUUUGGGUGGUUGCUUCUUUUAAAUAUUUGGGUUUGGUGGCAAUAGUUGGUUGGUUGAACGCCGGCGCCUUUACUUUGCCACGCACACUGCAAGCACCAGGACACGGUGUAAAUACUUGACGCCAACUACCAGCCUGUACAAUCAACACCUGAGCUUUUAGGACAUUUCCGGAUUUUCCUGCAGAUUAUAAUAGCCAUAUGCACGUGCUUAAUAAGAAAUACCUUUCAAGACGAUGCUUAUAUACAGUAUAUAUUUUUGAAAACAGUUGCGAGCUGUGCCAUGUUAAGUUUUAUUUGGAGGUUAAGUUUGAAAAAAAAAAACCCCGACGAUUUCAGGAUUGGCUGUGAUGUUACAUGCAGUCCUUUGUCAAUUGGGCUGUGAACAAAGAUCUAGGACCUAUAGCAUAGUGACACCUCAAACUAAUAGACACAAAGGACAGGGGCCUCGAAGUUGUUUUGUAAAGAAAAGUGCACUACUCAUCAUGUUCCAUCACACCUAAUCAGGCUGGUAACAAUGUCCCACCCCUCCCUCGGCUCUCUCCCUCUACCUCAACCUGCUUACGUCAUCUCCAUUGGACCCCUCUUGCACAUGAAAAUGCAAUGUCCUCAUUGCCAAAUGGUGUGAGUUUGACAAGUGCAGUAACCAUAUCCUCUGGUGAGAAUCAAUGCUACCGUGUUGUAUCAGUGUGUGUGUGUGUGUGUGUGUGUGUGUGUGUGUGUGUGUGUGUGUGUGUGUGUGUGUGUGUGUGUGUGUGUGUGGGAGAGAGCUCCGCAUUUGUGCGUGCCUAGCGACACUGUAUGCAAGUCGGUUCUUCUAUUGAAAAAAACAAAACAAAAAAAAGAUUGUUUUCAUGAUGUUGGCUUUGCCCAAAAGUCCCCAUGAUAUUGCGGGGGAGGCUGUGGGUGAAGUUUGGAAAUGUAUCGAUGAUGAUGUACAAUCUUGUGUAAGUAUAAACGUGCACUGUGAAAAGGUAGGGAGAGCACCGCACCGUCAGAGUCCUCUGUCUUAUUGCACUCAGUGUUCUCUUGUUUCUGCGUAUUUUGAAGAAAAAGGGAGAAAACCAUGUUUGAGGAAAAAAGUACUGUAUUCUGAUUGUCACUUGGGUUUGUUAAGAGAACUAAAUAAAUAUGAACUUGAAACCUGC